GCUACUGCCAGCAUAGCUCUUGGGAUCACUGAGGUACUCAAGCCCUACCACCAUGACAAGAUGCAGGUACCAUUAAGUGAGGCAUACACACAUUAAAGAUCAUAAAUUUUUAUUUGAAAUGUGUAUGACCAAUAGGAUGACUAAAGUGCUGAGAUAGCUUAGUGUGGGCUGUGAGCUUGAUAGCUGGGGUUAGAUUACCGGUAGGAGCACAGACAUUUCUUCACCGUUGCCCUCAGACUGGCUCAGAUGCCAAUCCAUCCAUUAAGUGGGCACCAGGGGACUUGCUCUACCCUAAUGGGGGUGGGGAAAGAAAAGUGCUCAGGGUAUGAGGUUUAGUACUCACUUCCAUCUAGUGCUGAGGUUAAGAGUGCAUGGAGCUAUACCUCCACUCCCUGGUGCUUAUAUGAAAUUGGGGGAUUCAGAUCUCCGUAAUAUGUGGAUGCCAGCCAUACUUUAACUACAGGAUUGGUUUAAUGCUUUAGCACUGUGAUUAGGCUGUGAUGAUGCACAGCUAACAGACGUUAAUUAAACACUUUACCUUUUACUGUAUAUAACUUAAAUUCAAAGUUUUGUUUUUGUGUCAUGUUUCUGCUGUAAUAUCUAUAACCAAUUGAAUGAAGUUUUGAUGAUUAAGUUAAAGAAUGUCACUUGCAGUGGUACUGUUAUGUUAAUCUGUAUGGAAAUAUGUUAUUAUAAAUAAAACAAUUCUUUGUUUCACCCCACCAGCAUUGUAUCAGUAGCAGAAGUUGAAAUGUAACAAGUAAGAUGUAAGGUUCAUUUUGUAUGCUAAUAAACCUGUGGGUACCAUUUCUGGUACCAGCCAAGCUACUAUCAGCUUCUCAAGAAGGACUUUGCUCCAUGCAGCUGCUUUUAAUGCUGCCUAGCAUGAUUAACACAUUUCAGUCGCCCUGCAGCAUAUUUUUGUAGUCAUUUCGGAUAUGAAAAGUUAUAACGUUGGCAUCCAUGCUUCUCAUUGUCAAUCAGCUGUCUUUGAGAGCAAGUUCCAUCUCCAUCAUUUAAAAACGCGAGAUUAAAUCUCUCGAUUGUUUGACCCUGACCUUUAGCAGCAACGCCCGCUCAAGUUUGUAAUGUGAGUGGUGCUCAGACAUAGCUUACUGAUAACGGAGAUUCAUUCAGAUCACAGCCUUUUCAUGUAUUCACUACCGAAAACUGCUGCCAUCUUAUGGUGCUUCUCCAUAGUAAUUGUAGCGCGAGAGCCCCGAGUGAUUGUAAAUAUUGCAGAGCCAUCUGUCGGUGAACUUCGGCACUUCUGGGAUAGCACAGGACUAUGUCCGCCAGCUCCACGCUCUGUUGUCGCACGUUUUCUGCUGGCCGAGGACGAGCGCUUCAACUUGGCGCUGAUCGGUUCUUUGCCGCAUCAGUCAUUAUCACAAGUCCGGAUACAUUGGCUUCUAGACCUCAUCACAGUGAGGUACUACUACAGCGCGUCUGAGGUCCCCGCUUUACAACCUGAACUAGCUGUUUUCCUCCUCACAUUUCUACACGAUGGAAGCCAUCUUGACGACUCUGGAACGCCGCUCUACAACUUUACGUUGCUGGAUCAGUUGUUCGACUGGAUGCAGAUCUACAGACUCAAUCCUGGGUUCGAAUUGAUGGGGAACCCAUCUCACCUCUUUCGUGACUUCAACAAUGACACACAAGUCGAGAUGUGGAGACAUCUGGUGAGGCAGGUGGCUAGCAGGUACAUUGACCGCUACGGGCUUUCUACAGUAGAACAAUGGCGAUUUGAAACGUGGAACGAGCCUGAUUUGAAGAGUUACAACAUUUUAAACUUCACUGUAGAGAGCUAUAUGCGAUACUUCGAAGCGUCUUCUGGGGGCUUGCGAGAUGCUGGGCACGGGCGACUGCGGUUUGGGGGCCCCGCGGGUCUGUUUAAGACUCUGGAGAAGCACCCUUUGUGCUGGGGGUUGUUACAGCACUGCGCCAACCAGACUGCCUGUUCUCUAGACUUCAUCUCGUUCCAUAAGAAAGGGGCAGCCUCCAGCGCUGCAGUGCUGGAGCAGGGCCUGCAAUUCGCUCGUGACCUCAGCGUCAUGUUUCCAUCUUUGGGAAGAAUUCCAUUAGCAAACGACGAGGCAGAUCCUCUGACCGGCUGGUCCAAGAGUGAGCCCUGGAGGGCCGAUGUGAGGUACGGUGCCAUGGUCGCAGCGGUGAUCGCGGAUCACCAGCACGUCAUGGUGAGACAGCAGGGGCUGCCACUACAACUGCUCAGUAAUGACAACGCUUUCCUCAAUUACCACCCGUAUUACUUCACGCAACGCACUCUGCUGGCAAGGUUUCAGAUGAACGAAACAAAUCCGCCGCACGUGCAGUUCAUCAGGAAGCCCGUAUACACGACAAUGGCUUUGCUGUCAUUUCUUGGUAACCAGGAGCUUCGCAUGGUUGUAAAAAACCCCGACUACAGGCUGUCGGUUCUGGCUGCAGGUUCUAGUGGGAUAGACCCCUGGACUGGGUCGGUCCUACUGGUGUUCAACAACGACACAGGUUCACAUCCCGACGAAAUUCUCAACGUGACGCUUCGGGUGCUUAAUGUGCCCGGGGAAUCCCCUCGCUACGUCUUAUACCUGAUGGACAACGUACUCACGAACCCUGCGCAGAUGUGGCUGCGCAAUGGAGCUCCUGUGUUUCCAGAACAACAGCUGAGAGCUCGAAUAAGAGCUGUUGAGGGCCCCCAUCGUGCGAGGGGCCCCACGCGUGUGCCCCACUCAGAGAAGCUACGCCUCUCAGUGCCGCUAAAAUUACCAAGCGUUGGUCUUCUUCACAUCUGCGCUAAAGCAAUGCAGGGACCAGGACACGUGUCUCGCUUAAUGGUCUGCAACGUGACUUACAACGAGGUUAUGCUCUUUUGGAGUGACGUCACCGUGGUUACGAGGUGCAUCAAAACAUACGAAGUAGAAUUUAACUCUGUGGUUUCUGACAAAUUUCGCCGUGUCAAUUCGCAAGAUACCAUCUUUCUAUCGUACCAGUACGCAGUUCCAUCUGACGGAACCCAAGGCGAACGAGUGAUAGGGUCCUACAGGGUUCGAGCUGUUGACUACUGGAAUAGACCCGGUCCCUUUUCAUUAUCGGUACAUUAUCCUGGGAACUUCUCUUGUGCUUAAAAUUUCAAAUAUGGCGUCGGGAUUUGUAAGGGACCAUUGCGCUUGAAGUAUCUACAUAACCUAACCUAUCAACAGUCAAAUGAAUAAACUAAUUACACGCUA